AUGAAUAUAGCAGAACAGAUUGCAUUGAAGAAAUAUGAGUUUAAUAAGUAAAUGGAAUAAAGGGAUAUCAUUUAAGAAAUGGAUGAUCAUCUUAAAAAUUUACAUGAAUCAGAUGAUGACAGAUCAUUUUAUUAAAUGCAAUAUGAUUAAAAGGAUAUUCAAAAAUUCAUAACUAUUAUGUUAAAAUAUUAUAGUCGAUAAGAAGGUUAAACUUAUUAAACUAAGAAAUGCUUUUCCUUUUAUAUUUGGAAAUACUUUCAAAAUUAAGACAUUUUUGAAAAAAAUUGGGAAGUUGAAAGAAAGGAUUUAGAAAAACAGAAGCGUUAUCCUUAUAGGAAUAUGAAGAGACAACGAAAAUAUAUUGAGGAAUAGAUAUUUGAUUUGGAAAGGAAAAACUUCUUCCAAUACAGACAGAAGCAGAUCUUAAUACAAUUAUUCAAAAAUGCAGCUCGGAAGGAAAGAUUAAUCAAGACCAUAGCAUUUCAUAGAUUUAUAAGGAAUGCAGCUUUAAUGAAUUAUUCAAGCACUUCAAAAUACAAUACAAAUUAGAAUGCAUUUAAAUCAACUGUUACUCAAUAAAAUAAUGUUUUUUAUUAGAAGGAGAAUAAAUAAAAGUCAAGAUCUAAAUCUCCAAUUAGUAACAAUAAUUCAAAGGUUUCAUUGUCUACAAAAUCACAGAAUUCUAGAAACAGAGCAGUUUUUAAAAUGUUGAUUUAUCUCCAAAAAGUAGAUGAUAAAUUGAAAAAUAAAGUUUCAUUAUAUUUUUAUAAAUGGAUUAAGAUUAUUAUGUAGGUAAGAUAACUUGAAUAGAUUGAAGAGAUCAACUCAAUUAAUUUGAUACUUAAUUAAUAAGUUUUUAAAGAGAGUGUAUUAAGAACACAAAUUUAGUUAAUUAAAUCAGAAAUAGAUUCAAAAACUUAUCUUGCAUAAGAAUUACUAAAUUAAUUAUUAAAAUGA